AUGGCGGCGGUUUCAAGCAAUACGGGCUGGGCCCAGUUACGGCAGCAGGCACGGAGCCUGGAGACACAGACAGAGACGUUAUUCCACACCUAUUCUCAGUUUUCGACGGUAGCAGAUAUUCCAGCGAAGCCCACCGAAGAGGAAAGGACAACAGAGGCGAAGCUGCAAGACCUCCUUGACAGACGUGAAAAUGUCAUUUCCCAACUCUCUCGCCUUCUCGACUCAGAAGCCACCCUCACCUCCUCCGCCCUGAAGCAGAACAACCUCGCCCUUCUCCGCGAGAAGCUCGCCGAGCACAAGCGCGACCUCGUGCGCCUGCGGAACACCAUUGCCCAGGCCCGCGACCGCGCCCACCUGCUCACCAAUGUACGCUCCGAUAUCGACGAAUACCGCGCCAACAACCCCGAAGCUGCGGAGGCCGAGUACAUGCUCGCAGAACGCAGCCGCAUCGACAACAGCCACAAUAUGGCUGAUAGCGUCCUGUCACAAGCUUACGCCGUCCAGGACAGCUUCAACAUUCAGCGCGAGACCCUCGCCAGCAUCAAUCGCCGAAUAACUAUGGCCGCCAGUCAAGUCCCAGGUCUCAACAGUCUCAUCGGCCGCAUCUCUGCUAAGAAGCGCCGGGACGGCAUCAUCAUGGGCGUCUUCAUAGCCUUUUGCUUCCUCUUGUUCUGGUGGUUCAUGUAG